UGAUUGGCCACACACUGGCCUCAGCCAGCGCCCCGCUGUCUACCCUGGCCCACUGCAGACGACCUUUCCAGCAGAGUCCCUACUUCUCGGGAGGCUGGCUGCGAGGCUCUGUUCCUUCGGAAACAGCAUUGUGUGGGGGUCCCCAUGAAGCUCCUGGCUUUCCUGAGCCUGCUGGCCCUGGUGCUGCUAGAAGCAGGGACAGCUUCUCCCCCAAAGGGGAGGAAGAGGAGAGACCCGACGAACGAGGAAGGAGAUUCUUACGCGGUCCUGAAUCUGGGGAACUACGUCCCUGACCUGGACAACUACGAUGAGGUCAUUGACCUGAGCGACUAUGAAGGGCUCAUGGACUAUGAGGACCAGCUCCCUGAGGUCAAAGCAGGAUCCAGCCUGGAUCCUCCAACCAGGAUCGGUUCCACUCAGAGCACGGUGAAUCCAAGGACACUCUCGUCAAAGCCCACCAUGGCCAAGCCUACUAUGCUGGGCCUCCCAGGCUCCCCAAGCAGCCACGCUGAGCCAGGCCUGCCUACCUGUCUGGUAUGCGUGUGCCUUGGUUCCUCCGUGUACUGCGACGAUGCUGACCUGGAGAGCAUCCCGCCUCUCCCCAAGACAACCACUUACCUGUACGCCCGCUUCAACCGCAUCAGCCGGAUCCGAGCUGGAGACUUCAAAGGGCUGACAAAACUGAAGAAGAUCGACCUUUCCAGCAAUUCCAUCUCCUCCAUUGAUGAUGAUGCCCUCCGCCUGCUGCCUGCCCUGCGGGACCUGAUCCUCCCAGAGAACCAGCUGGUGGCUCUGCCCAUGCUGCCCGCUGGCAUCGAGGUCCUGGACGUCCGCCUGAACCGGCUCCAGAGCUCCGGAAUACAGCCCGAAGCCUUCAGGAAACUGAUUCUGACUCCAGAAGAGGGUGUCUUACAACACGCCAUCCCAAGAACUUCCAGGAAAAGGAAAUGCAAGCCUCAUGGGCUUGUUACUGGAAAUGGGGUAGGGGGGGUGGCACCAGAAAUGAGAGUCAGCAGCUCUCCCUCCGCCUCUUCUGGCACAUGGCCUCUCGGCACGUCUGUCCCAUUCACCUCUCGGCACCCGCAGCACCUGCGCCCCUAAAACCUAGGCUGUGCUGUGGCUUGAGAUCGUGCUGGCUCCAACCCUAACCCCACCUAAAAUUUGGAAAAAAGUGGGCUUUGGAAAAAAGCCCACUACUAACUGAUUUUCUCUGACCAAGUGCUUGCGAGAGACCAUCUGAUGGAUCUCUGGCUGGCCACUCGUGCUGGGAAAGGCUAAACCCGAGGCAUAAACGUGGCCCCUGCGACUGCCCCCUCGACGGGGCUCUGAGAGCUCCAGGAGAGGUGCCAGGGAGGCCGCGAGGAGGGGCUCACGCCCAGCUCUGCCACACGCACCCGCUCAGCCUGCCUCACGUGUGCUUGCGGCUCUCACUCUGCCGCUCCAGACGUUUCCAGAACAUUCUCUUCACAGCCACUCCAGGACCAGAUUUGGAGACUUCUCAUUUGGGAAAAGUUGAGGCUGAACUGGGAUGGCCCCUUGUCCUCCCUCCCACCCCGUCCGCACCCCCUCUCCCCCGCCUACCCCUCGCUGCUCCCCAUUACCAGCUCCGGCAGGCUCCCCCAGCUGCCAGACCUCAAUGACAGCAGUUCUCCUGCUGCCCCUGGUGAGAGUUAGUGCCUGUGAGGCCCCGAGAGACUGGGCAUCCCGUGCAGCACCCAGGCCCGAGCCUGACACGUGGCUGAGGCUCAGGAGGCCCUCAGUGAACACUGGGGCCCCGCUGGGCACCUGUCACUGCCAGGUCCCACGACCCCUGCCAGCC